AUGAAGAGACAAGCAGUGGGUUUCGUUUUUGCGCUUCUUCUCCUACUUGAUUUGGUUCAGGGUCUCGCCACAGCUAAGAUGCACCCUGAUAAGCUGCUCCGUUGGAAGAACGCUCGGCAAGGCGGCUCCAGACAUGCUGCACAGCGGAACCACACCAGCAGCCUGCCCCACUACAUGAUUCACCUCUACCGGGUCAUGCUGACCGAAGACCGGACCAACAGUUCGGCUGACAGCGCGGGCCAAACUUGGAACGAGGAAAAUCUUCACAGCUCCGACUCUGUAGUCAGCUUGAUCGCCAAGAGCUGCCAACAGAUUGGUAGGAGGUGGUCCCUCACUUUUGACAUGUCCUCCAUGUCUGCAAGCCACACUGUCCAGCUGGCUGAACUUCGCAUCCGUCUGCCUGCCUUUACACAGUCUUCUAGUGCCUCAAUAGACAUCUACCACUUUGACAGUGAGCGGUGCUCGGGCACGCACUGCACCGAGAACAGGUUACUCCUGGGCCGCCUGAGAGCUCAUCCCAGUUCAGUGGCGUCGCCAUCCUCCUGGAAAGUGUUCAACAUGACAGAGAUGCUCCGUCUUUGGUUGCAGCAUCAGGAGCACUCUUCAAAGAGGAUGUUGGAAGAGGAUGAAGCUGAGCCAGAGGAGCAAGUGCAGGGACAUGAAGGAAUUCAGCACCCUACAACUGACAGGGUCAUGAUGGUGGUCUUUUUAAAGCACGACGAAAAUGCUGAGCGAGUGCCAACUCUCAUCCACACAGCAAAGCACUCCAAGUAUGCUGGUCUAGGCACGGAGCACGGAGCCUCCAGGAUGAGGAAAGGCAGAGAAAAGAGGCACCAGAGAACCCAGGAGCAGAGAGGGGAAGCUACUGGAGAUGUUCUAACAGACAAGUCAACACAGGAGGUAAAAAAAGAUGAUCUGUGCAGGAAGGUGGACAUGUGGGUGGACUUUGAGAAGCUUGGCUGGAGCGAGUGGAUUAUCUAUCCCAAACAAUACAACGCAUAUCGCUGCGAAGGGACCUGUCCUACACCAGUAGACGAGAUCUUCACCCCUACUAACCAUGCAUACAUAAAGAGCCUGUUGAAUUAUCACCAUCCAGACAAGGGACUGUGUCUGUCUUGUGUACCCACACGCCUGACACCGCUGUCCAUGCUGUACUUCGAGGACGGAAAGAUGGUGAUGAGGCAUCAUGAUGACAUGGUGGUGGAGGAGUGUGGCUGCCAGUAA